AUUGAUUUGCUCUACUGCCACCUCUGUCCGCCAUCUUGGAUUUGCUCUAGCUUGUGAUGCCGUCUCAAGCUACUUGUGGUUCGUGUUCGAAAGUUGUGGGAAAUAAGGCUCAUGCACUUCGGUGCUUCGGCUGUGAUGUUUUGUUCCAUAUUUCGUGCAUUGGCUUAUCCGUUGACGUGUUUCGAAAAUCGCUCGACAUCCGACAUCGUUUUUUUCAAGUUAUAUGUGAUAAAUGUCGCGGUACAAGACAUCAGAAUACGCAGAGACCGCAAACAACUACGGGAAAAUCUCUCUUUCAGAUAGAAACAAACCGUUCACCACGUGGGAUCAAACGCCCUCGUGAAAGUACCUCUGUCACCUCGCCUUCUAUUGUCACUCCGCGAUCUGCACCACCACCAGCGUCUUCGACCCCGGCCGAGCCCCAGGUUCAAUGUUCCCCACCGAUGGAAGACUCAGACUCGGAAGCUACGAAAUGCCGCUUCACUGAUCGGUCCGUGAAUUUCUCAGAGGCUGUCUGUGAACUUCUGAACACCGAGGAUCCAUGGACCACUCAAAAGCGCAAGGGCCCACGUAAUCGAGUUCAGACGUCACCUGCUGAUAAACAACAACCCAAUCAGUUAAGCGCCUCUAGUUCUGCUCCCACAGGUUCAUCACUGAUUUCGUUGAGGCGUCAUAAUCUCAUGGUCUUCCACGUACCAGAGUCAAAAGAUGAAAACCCUCAGAUACGUUAUGAUCACGAUGUUGAGUUCCUCCAGGGGCUCAUCGAUAGACUCUUGGAUGUGGGCGAAGACAGUGUGACGAUUAAACAAGUAAUCCGACUUGGCCAGAAAACUAACCAGUCAUGUCGACCUCUGAGAAUCACCUUUGCAAAUCCCAAUAUGCCGCAGCUCAUACUGUCUCGUCUGUCAAGGCUGAAAGGCAUAAAAGUUCACAUCCGCCGAGACUUGGAACCCGAAGACAGGGAUCGUUUGAAGACUGCGGUCAUUGAGCUCAAACGCCGUACAGAGGAAGGUGAGACUGACUUACAAAUUGUAAAUUUUCGGGUGAUCAAGAAGGGUGUACGAACCCGUAUCAACCGGUUGCUCAACCUCCAGGCACGUCCCGCAGUACCUCCCAGGACCUCCGUGUGGCAUUCGCCAACGUGUGCAGCCUAAUGAACAAACGUGACGAACUGUGCCGCUUCGUUGUCUCGGAGCGGCCGGACGUUUUAGGACUUGCAGAGACUUGGCUGAACUCCG